GACAAGUGGCAGGUGAGGCUCAGUGGCACCAUGCAGGCUGAGGGGAUGAGGUAUGGUGACGCUGCUCCGGCACUCCCUCUGGCCUCACGUGCUGCUGCUGCUGGUGCUGCUGCAGGUGUCCGAGAGUGCCUUCAACAUAUUCAGGUAUCCUCUCAAUAGAAUAGAAAGGAAAUAUGGAAGUCUUCCGGAGAGCGAGCGUCUCAGGCUUAAGGAGGACACAAGGGACAUGUUCUACUUCGGCUACGAGAGCUACAUGAAGUACGCCUACCCCCAGGACGAGCUCAACCCCAUCCUCUGCCGCGGCCGGGGCCCGGACCGCGAGGACCCGUCCAAUAUCAACAUCAAUGACAUCCUUGGUGAUUACUCCCUCACCCUUAUUGACACCCUGGACACACUGGCCAUCUUGGGGGAUGUGAAGGAAUUCCGUCAUGCUGUCCAACUUGUUAUAGAAAAUGUCAACUUUGACAAAAACUCAACUGUGCAGGUGUUUGAGGCUAAUAUAAGAUUACUGGGUGCUUUACUGUCAGCACACUUGCUUAUAGAAGACAAAAGUCAGCCUUUUGGGAAUCUGGAACCAGAGUGGUAUAAUGGAGAGUUGCUGGAAAUGGCAUCUGAUCUUGCCUCGCGCUUCAUGCCAGCUUUUGAGAACUCAAAGACUGGUCUUCCACAUCCAAGGGUAAACCUUCGUAGUGGGGUGCCCCAGGGGAGCCGUACAGAUACCUGCACAGCAGGUGCUGGCUCCCUGUUGGUUGAGUUUGGAAUAUUGAGUCGCCUGAUUGGGGAUCCUGUCUACGAGCUUUCAGCCAGAAGAGCUAAUAGGGUCCUUUGGAAACUCAGAGAUGCAGAAACAGGUUUAUUAGGGAACGUGGUGGAUGUGGAUACUGGUAAAUGGGUUGGUGAGCUCAGUGGCAUCGGGGCCGGCCUGGACAGCUUCUAUGAAUAUCUCCUGAAGGCCUAUAUAUUGUUUGGACAUCCAGAAGAUUUUAUUAUGUUUAAUGAAACUUACAGCUUAAUCAAGCACUAUAUGAGAAGAGGGAGGCCUGAAUGUAACUCUGGUUCUGGGGACCAUCCACUUUAUGUUAAUGUGGAUAUGAAGAGUGGCGGUACACACACCACUUGGAUAGACUCCCUCCAGGCUGCCUUUGCUGGUGUACAGGUCUUGGCAGGAGACAUGGAAGAGGCUAUCUGCAUACAUGCUCUCUAUUACACCAUUUGGAAAAAGUAUGGAGUGUUGCCAGAGAGAUUCAAUUGGCAAAGGAUAUCCCCAGAUGUUAUGUUUUACCCACUCAGGCCAGAGUUUGUGGAGUCAACAUACUUAUUAUACCAGGCAACCAAGAAUCCGUUUUACUUGCACGUUGGGCGGGACAUCCUCACCUCCCUCAACAACCUGACCAAAGCACGCUGCGGUUAUGCCACAGUCCACUCUGUUCUGGACAUGACUUUGGAAGAUCGCAUGGAGUCCUUCUUUCUUUCAGAGACCUGCAAGUACUUAUAUUUGCUGUUUGAUGCAGACAACCCCAUCAACCUGAACUUUGGCCGCUACAUGUUUACCACGGAAGGUCAUGUGUUACCACUGGCCCCUUGGCUGCGCCAACAGACCUGGGAAGAUGGCCUCUUCCAGGAACUCAACUCUCAGUCUCACAUCAACCUCUCUCUGGCUGGUUGUGCUGCCAUCAAUGAAGAGAGGAUACACAGACUGCCACUGAAGAGCCAAUACUUGGAGCAAAUUUCAGUGUCCCUCGGGGUGGAGUUAUGAUAGAUAGUGAUAAUAGUCACUUGUGCCUUGUGUAGUGUGACCUCAUAAGCCUACAUUAGGGUCAGGUUUCCCUUAAAGAAGAUUAUUUAUGUAUACUGUAUUUCCCGUCAUAUAAGACGCACUUUUUUUUGAAAAAUAAGAUUAAAAAAAUCACCCUGCGUCUUAUACGCCGAUGGUUAGGUUUUGGUAGGCAGAGGGGUUAUUGCUACUGAUAUGAAACCAAAAUCAAAAACACUUCCAUUUGACACAAGUUCCCAGAUGUCCCCAGAAUGAAAUAUACCAAAUUUUGCGGCAUGUAGCGAGCACUAUUUUUCACUCAGAAAAUGCCUAAAAAGUUACCCCAGUGCAGUAUAUGCCUAAGGUACAAAUUUUAAUUGAUUUAAAUAAUGAAUAGUGUGAUGCAAUAGAAAAAUGUGAACAAGCAGAAGAGAGGAGGAGGAAACGUGCAGCGAUAAAACUGCACAGGUCACAAGAAGACUCACCCACGUGGCGCGGCGUGAACACAAAACACAACACACAAGACAACACCGCCGCGGCGCACCAGUCGCCAGUGUGCUGGGUACCUCGGUGGUGAUGGUUAAAGCGGCUAUUACUCGAGAACAAUGUUGGUGGAGCAGGGUGUUUUCUGACAUGACUGUUCGGUGAUCAUGGGGCGGACUUGGGCGGAUUAGUCUGGAGCUAGUAUUUCUGCUGUGCAGCGGCCCGGUCAGCCAACGUUUUCUGUGAUAUAUGUUCAAAAGAGCGGAUAUCCGUGGAUGACUAAAAUGUUUACUGUAAACGCAUUUUUGUUUUUCAUUACAAAAAUAACUGUUACAGCAUAAUAUGAUUGAUAGAAAUUAAUCAACAUCUAUUUCUACUUGAAAGUAGGUAUACGGUCCCUGAAAGUCAAGAUCAAGACCAAGAUUGCCCAUCGAACGUAGCAUUCCCGCUUGAUUAGUUCCCUCAGUAGCUCGGCGAAAGCUACCGCCUGCACACUGUGCAGUGAGUGAAUCCACCAACCAACCCUUUUGUUUACCAUUUCAAAGUCACAGCUGCUCGGGGUAAGAGCACUGUAAUUCUUCAACCAACAGUGGAACACUUUGAACACAGAGGACACAAAGCAACACACGGUGUCAUAGUCAUAAUUAUUGUAAGUAAGGCGGCCACAUGUAAUACAGCAUACACAUUAAGUUCAGGGAAAAUGUGGAGUUAAAAAAAAAAUCUAAAUAUAUCUUGCCAAAUUAUAGGUGCGUCUUAUACGCCGGUGUGUCUUAUAUGGCGGGAAAUACGGUGUGUGUGUGUGUGUGUGUGUAUAUAUAUAUAUAUAUAUAUAUAUAUAUAUAUAUAUAUAUAUAUAUAGAUAUAUAUAUAUAUAUAUAUAUAUAUAUAUAUAUAUAUAUAUAUAUAUAUAUAUAUAUAUAUAUAUAUAUAUAUAUAUAUAUAUAUAUAUAUAUAUAUAUAUAUAUAUAUAUAUAUAUACAAACACACACACACACAAACACCAGUAUAUAUAUGAACUAUGCAAAACUACAUCAUCUUCAUUGACAUUCACAGUGAGAUGUAAAUAAUUGUUAUGCCAUAAUUAUUAGAACCUUUAAUGCCUUCAAAUAAGAAAUGUGAUAAUAAGAAUAAUUUCUUUGAUAGGUUAUUGAAGUAAUAGUAAUUUCACAUUUUUAUAUUAAGAUAUAUUACAGUACCUGUUUCAUGGAUGAAGGAAAAUGGAUAGAAGGUAAAUUAAUGUUGCUAGUUAGAGUUUCCCACUAUAUUUAUGUGCUGUGGGUGGGUGGGCGGGUGUGUGUGUGUGUGUGUGAAUGUCGGGGGGGAAGGGGGGUGUACACAAUUACGAGUGUUCAAGCCUUUAUUCAUAUAGGUAAUACAAAGGAGCUUCCUCCCUAACUGGUUCAACACUGUUGUAGUAUUUUCUAAACCUUAAAAAGCCUCCAUUUUGUUCCCCAUGGAAGACAUAUUUCUGUAGUCUGUUGAUGAUGCUGUGGUUACAAACUAUGUAUUGCUCUGAUUACCUCCAUUAACUAAUGCAUAAUCUAAAUAGCAGGUUUUUGGUUCUACACACUCACAUGCAGGUCACAUGUCCCUCUGUCAAGAUCUCAUUCAAGUUUUUUUAUAUCUACUUCACUUGUAAGCUAACAAGCAUUUCAACAUUCCAUUUCAUUUGCUCACCUUAUAUACCAGUAUGUGCAUUCAUAUCUCUUGUAACAAUUACUUUUCCCUUUAUGCUCUCACUUUUCUUUAGUAUACUAUACUUUCCAUUGUUCUCCCUUAGUGAUCUUCCACUCUCAGUUGUAUGUACACCACAACUAAACAUUUCAGACCUACCACAUUCAUUCAUGCAUUUGUCCACUUUAGCAUCUAUAAUGUCCUCACUCACAACAUUAUUUCUCACAUCUGUCUCUCCUACUUUAAGAGGAGUGACUGCUUCAUGAGGUAAAAAAUCUGAUCAUCUCAACAUAUUCAUGAACUGAACUAGCAGCGUGCCAAAAGUAUUGAAAAAUAUCCCGAGUCAAAAUUUCCUCAGCAAACUUACUAAGUUGUUAAAAAUCAGCUUACUUUGCACAUUACAUUUGUUUGUAAAUCACCUCUUAAGACUUUCAACAAGUUUUUUCGAAGUGCAACUUUUCAAGUUGAGCUACAAAACUCAAAAUCUAUGAGACCUACAAUAAUGGUUUAAGUUUUAUUUGAAACAACAUGGAAUGUAGACUAUUAUGAACUAAAGUAAAUUUCCUACCAGUUUUAGUUUUUAACCCCUUCACUACGGCCGGGUGAAAACAGCGCCCCACCCCGUAUCCGAACUGGCCGUGCACACCAAAUUUCAUAUAACAAGUUUUCAGCCAUAAACUCAGUAUAAUCAUCAUGUAUUAUAUAUAAAAAAACAUGCAAAAUUAAAUGGUGCACAUAAAGAAACAUAAAUUAUUUAAUAAUUUUGAGAUGUAUACAUAACUAUACAGAGAAAUUUGCGUUAUUCGUAGAUGACGUGUCUGCUGAAUUUUAUUUCCUUAUAUUAGUUGUGAUGAAGAAAUAGAUUUGUGGAGGAAAGGGAAGGGAAGGACACAGACAUAAGUAAGAUCAUGGAAAAUAUCCCACUGAUUCACUGGCAAAAUGCACAGAUCUCAUGGAGUAAAAGGCUGAAAGGCCGUAUGUGUGUGUGUGUGUGUGUGUGUGUGAGAGAGAGAGAGAGAGAGAGAGAGAGAGGGGGGGGGUCAAAAGAUUGACACCUCAGUGAUACGAAGGGAGAGAGGGAGAGAAGCAUCUCUCUCUCUCUCUCUCUCUCUCUCUCUCUAACACACACACACAUAGAUUAGAUGGCGAGAAAGGGAGGGAAGGAUUGAGGAAGAGCAAGCUGAAACUUGUUGAGGCGCCUCGCCUCCCCUCUCUCUCACACACACACACAUUCACACACACUGCAGGGAGGAGGUAUAAGAAAGAAAAAAGAACAGACAGCCAGAUGGAUGUGAGGGGGAGGCCAGAGCUCCCGCAUGAGGCUCACGCCGCGUCCCUGACCCGAGGGGGUGGUGAGACAAUGCACACUAUAGCCAGCCACUUGGCAACUUAAAGGAAGAGGAACUCCACACACAUACACCAUUUCUUUCUUAUUAUUUUUGUUAUUUUCUGUUAGAAUUGAUUGUUACUGUCAAGUACAAAUGUGCACAAGACACACUUAUGUUAUUACACAAUAAUAACAUUGAGAAUCAAAUAAGACACCGUAUCAUAUCCGACCUACAUCUUAAAAACAAUUGUACAAUAUCAGGGAAGAAAUAACUCGUAUGCUGGCUAAAGCGAGCCUGGACGCAGUAUACGUGUCCUCGGAUAUGGUAUGGGGCACUAAAGGGCAUAGUAUACACGUCCUUGUGUUGAAGGGGUUAAAGUUAUAGGUCUUUGAGUACAAAAAAUACGGUCAUCAACAUUGUCAUAACUUCAAAACCUAAAUAGACAAAACAUUUUGUUCUGGAUAAUUCAUUCUACACUUCCGUUCUUUCCAAGGAGACCUCAACCACUAUGUAGUUUUAAAAAUCUUGGAGGAAGUUGGUUAUAAAAUCAGUUGAAAAUUAGUGAAAAACCUAAUUCUUGGCUCGACUUCCAGCAUUUAUUAUCCAAUUUUCAAUUGCAAGCCUUCAAAUGUCAUAGUUUUCUGUUCCCAUUUGUGUGUUACAUAGUUGAGGUGAAUUUAUUAACCCAUAAAGGAUGGGCUAGAGGGCGAUUUUCUGCUUGCAGGGCGUGUGCUGUGUUGAUAAAUUUUGGCUAAAUAGGUGAUCUUCAGCAAUGCCCUGUGUGGCAAUUUCAGAAAAACAAUAGUUCAUAGUGCUUUUACACCGCCAAUCUUUCAUCUACAUGAUGGAAAAAACUAGAAAUCCCUCAGUUGAUGCACGGCAGAGAUAUGAUGUUGGGAAGUACAAAUCUUGACGGGACAGUGGAUGACGUGAAUUCCCACACCCCGUCUUUCUCUGACUGACUGGGAAUUCCUGCCAGCCAUCCUUUACGGGUUAAUAACAUAAAUGUUGCCUGAACCGGCCACUCCCUUUAAGGCUCUCGUUUUUUCUGUGAAGCAUGGCUAUGCCUCCUAAUUUCUAUUGAUUUUUGUGUCCCUUUUGUAGUCAUCAUAUACUCAUUUCCUUCCAUUUGUACACUGCAAGUUAGUUUCAAUUUCAUUUCCUUGCAUACAUCCUCAGACAUUCCAAUAGCUCAUUUUUUCACAUAAACACAUCCAGUUGUCAUGCAGUUACUUACCCUUCUGUUCUUUUUAAGCUGCCAUGUCAAGCCUCGUCCAACACUACGUCUGUGCCUUCACACACUCGUGCAGUCGUCUCUCCAUCCUCUUGUUUUCCUGUCAUUCAGGUGGAUUCCAUCUGUGCAGAAGGCCAUUCCUUCCCUUAGGAUUUCAUCCAUGAUGAUAAAACUUACAUUCCCUUUCUUCUCCUUCAGCUACUCUUAUGUUGAGUUUCAGGACUUCCUCUUGAAUGCUCGUGUUUCUCAUCUUCAUGAUCUUUUGAUGCUGGUCUCAUUUCUUGUUCAUCGUAUGACUCCAUCCACUGCUACACUGAUGUGUUUUUUUUAGCUGCCAUCAAUGCUGCCACAGCUGCUUUUACUGUCACUUUGGUGUCAGUUUUUCCAAGCCAUUUCUAUGGUAUUGAAUCACAAGCAAUCCAUUCUCAAAUGUCCUGGUGCUUUCCUCAACAUUCUUCUUCAUGUAAUAUAUCUGGAUGCUGCUCAGUCUGUCCUGUUUGCUCCUGUGUUCUCUUCACCACUCUUCACUUCCCAAUAAUACAUAUUAGGACUUUCUUGUGCACCAUUUUCAUCUGGGUCCUACUGAUCUUGUUCUCAUUGUUUUGGACUGAUCUUCCUUUUCAGUCUUCGCACUGCUAUAUACUUUGUCUUCUUUCUUCUUAGUCAGCAUUUUGCACACCGCUCUAUAUUCAGUCUUCUUCCUUUUCAGUCUGCAUGCUUCUCUCCACUUGGUCUUCUACCUUUUCAGUUUGCACAUUGGUUUCCACUUGGUUUUCUCUUUCUAUUUGUAAUGUUGUAAUGCAUUGAUGAAAUGAUGAUGAUGAUUAUCUUCCUUUGUGCGUGCCUCUCUGCUUAUCCCAUUUUUUUUUUCCAAAGCAUUUGAUAAACAGGCACACAAAAAAGUUUUCAUGAUUCAGCAGCCUGUUGGUGGUCUUCAGGCCCACACACACCUAAUGGUACAUGUCAUGCCUUUUACAUGCCACUCCAUGUCUCCAGUUGGUCAUUGCCUCCUUACACACACUGCACUCACAGAUAUAAUCUUUGCUCUCACCAAGAGUUGUAAAAAGGUUAACAGUACCUUUUUACAAGCGGGAGCCCCACACACCUUGCUGUUGUACUCUCUCGUGUCGAGCAAUCUGGUAGUGGGCGUAGGAUUAUUAUUGUUGUCCCAUAUCUUCAUAGUUAUGUUUUGCAUAUUACUUAUGUCAUCUUAUUUUCCUUUUGUGGUUUGAUAUUUCAUUCCUCACCAUAAAUUUUACCAUUUUUGUUUGGUGCAACUCAAAAUGUCUUUCUCUCUCUGGUAUUUUGUGUACUACAUGGUUGCUUAUUAUAUAUCUUGUUCAUAGUUUAUUUUUAUUUCUGGGUGUAAUCCAUACUGGCUCUAUAGUAUAAGUCUCUUGCUUUGUUCUCCUUUUUGACCAUCUAUUCAUGAACUUUUUAGAUCCUUCUUUCAUUAAGGUUUCUAAAUCUUGUAGAUUGACAGGUCUGGUUUGUGCUGAAACAUUCUCAAUGUACAUUCUAUAGCUGUUUAUUGCAGCUUUAUUUUUACUUUUAUUAUGUGAUCACUCUCCUUGUUACUGUACAUAUUUUCUUGAGACCAUAUACAUCCCCCGAGUUUUGAGAAGGGAUGCUCGCAGCCUGUGUCAGUUUCAAGAAAGUGUUUGAUUCAGUGCAUCUUGAGCCACUCUGGGAUCUUGCAUCUCUGCCAGAUUUGGCCACUUGUCAUGCUGCUUUCCUGUGAACAAGGGAGUGAGGCAAGCAGGGCUUUGUCCUUGCCCCAUCACUUGUAUGGACUGGGUUUAGGCAGAGUUGUGAACCAAAGUCAUUUUAGGGCACCUGUUGGCAAUACCAAGGCCACUGGCAUUGUUUUUGUCAGUGAUGCAGUGAUCCUGGCCAAGUUUCCUACUAAAAUAGCUUUAAGUUGCAUGGAGCUAAAACAAAUAUCUUCAGGCAAUCAGACAAAUUCUGAACAUGAUACAUUGAUACAAUCAGGAGAGCAUAAAGAAGUUGAUUUUAUUUCAAAAUUGCUACAUCUGCCCAUUUUUUAUGAAUGUAACUAAUUUUGAUGGCUCCUGUACACUAAAUAGCAUUAUGCAAAAUAGUGAUAUAUGGCCCUAGACAGUAUCUAUGCAGUAGUGCAAAAGUUUAAAAAUAAAUUGUUGAACAUCAACUACAGAAGUAGAAUAAUAAUGUACUAUAUUAUUUUUGAACUAGUAUUAGUAGGGUGGUUGAUUUACAUGCCUGUACAUGAUUUACUUAAAAGUGCUGACUGAGAGUUGAGAAGUACGAUGCUUCAAAGUCUUCAAAAGUGUGCCUCACUAAUAUCCAGAAGCUGACAGAGCUGACUUAGUGGUUACUAAGUCACUUCUAAGUGGGAAAUUGUUAGAUGAGCAUAGCGGUUUCCAGCCUCUUUACUGUUCUGGAGAAUCAAGGAACAACUUGCUAUCUAGAGUUUGCUUGGAAAUGAGCUGCACAACCUGCAUUUUACUUUUAUUUAGAUAUGAAAAACUUAAGGACAAACAGUAUCUCAUACUGCAAAAUAUGGUUAAGUCCAAAAGACCAUAGAUAAAAGAUAAAAAUAUUAAUGAUUUAUUAAAAUGGAAUUACCAGGUAA